AUGCUUGAGACCGCGAACGACAUCGGUUCUCGCUCGACAUCGGAGACGCUCCGCCACCCGUCGCCAGGCAUGCUGCCGAUGUCGGUCUUCUGGCCCAAUGCGCCAAUCCAGAGACAUCGCGAGCGCGAUCAGGCUCGGCGUGAGAUCCACGAGAUGAUCAAACCGAUCUUGCGGCCCGGUGCAACGGCGAAGGGGGGCUACGGCUUGCAUGGAGCAUACUACCAACAGAGGAACUCCACCUACCCCGACGGCCGGCCGAUCACCGAUGAGGAGAAGACCGAACCGAAGGGGAACGGAACGGUGGACGGAGAUCGUCGGCUUUUUGAUCGCCGCCUUCUUCGGCGGAAUGCACAACAGCGCGAUCACCACAUCCUGGUCGACGCUGCUCGGUUCCAAAAGCGUGAAGCAGCCAGGCUGGAGCUUUUCUCGCGACCCGAGCUGGUACAGGAGCUGCUGGAAGAGCAGCGCGCAGCGUUGGGCAGCGAUGAUGCGCCCUUCACCUUUGAUGCCUACGAGAAGAUGAAGAAGCUGCGCGCGGCCGUGAGCGAAGUCUUGCGAAUGCAUGCGCCACUCUUCCUGUUGAUGCGAACCGUCGAGCAAGACGUGGAGUUCAAGGCGUAUCGAUCCACAGAGACGGAGGAUGGCUACACCAUCCGCCGCGGCAGCGUGGUCGCUUGCUCACCCAACGUGAGCCAAAUGAUGGAUGAUGUGUACCCCAAGGCCGAGACCUUCGAUCCGAAGCGUUUCAUCGACGGGAUCAAGGACGAGUUUUCCUUCAUCUCCUUCGGCGGCGGGCGACGGGUAUGCAAAGGCCAGGAGUUCGGGUACCUGCAGGUGCAAUGUGCCUGGGAACCCCAGCUGCGGCACUACGACAUCGACUGCAUCGAUGGUGUGCCUUCGCCCACCAUUGCUCAAGAUGGCAUGGUCAUUGCGCCGACGCAGCCCUCAAGAGUGUCGUACAAGCGCAAGAGUUCGGUCAAGAAAUGA